AUGGGUCUCGGAUCUAAGAAAACAAAGAAAACAUCCUCAGUGGAGAACAUUGACAGACCUGACGACGACUUAGAGGAAGAGCGUAAAGGGAAGAAUUACGGGAAACCACGCCGACACGACCCAACGUUCAAAGGACCCAUCCACAAACGAAGCUGCACCGAUGUCAUUUGCUGCGUGAUAUUUCUGGCCUUCUUGGCCGGCAUUGGAGUGGUCGCCUAUUUCGCCUUUUCGUAUGGAAAUCCAGAUACUUUGUUGUAUCCAUCCGACUACCAGGGGCAGUUGUGCGGGGUGAGUGAUACCGUACAGACCAAACCCUACGCUUUCUACUUCGACUUGCUGUCAUGCCUUUCGUCUACCGUCCUGAUAUCCCUCAGCUGCCCAACCCCGCAAGUAUGUGUCAAGUCAUGCCCUAAUACCACAUUUUCUUUACUGGAAGUAGUGGAUCUUUAUACUGUGGACUGGGAUAAGCUCAUCUGUCGAUAUGACAUUGAUCCGAAAGCGUAUGUUGGUAACGACAUUAGUAAAAUCUUGGAGUUAGCGACUAAGGAAUUGUGUGCCGUCUACUACGUACCGAGCCAACCGUUCGCUGGACGGUGUCUCCCCAUUACCUUUGCAGACGAAAACGGACAGACAGAAAACGGGCGCAACACAACCAACGAACAAGUGGACACUUUGGGGAAGUUGGUUAGUUUCGUGUACGGCAUCGAACAAAUUGAGAACCUUGUUGACGACUUCUUGAAAACAUGGCCUUACAUCUUAGCAGCUCUAGGAGGAACAAUGCUUCUCUGUUUCUUUCUUCUUGUACUCAUGCAAUGGUUGGCGACGUUCAUCGUCUGGGCGGUGCUUGUAGCCUUCGUUGGUCUCCUUGCAUUUGGAAAUUACUUUACCUACACGCGAUAUUUUCAAUACAGAGACCAAUCCAAAUGUGGUGACUUUGGAGACGCCACUUUUAACUAUCUCGACCCGGAAUGCUACCUCGAAUCUUCAGUCAUCUGGCUCGUCUUCGCCAUCAUCUUAAGCGUGAUCGGUGGCAUACUCAUCCUGAUCAUCUUGGUGCUUUUCAACCGCAUUCGACUCGCCACGGCAGUAAUCGAGGAGGCAAGCCGAGCCAUGGGCAUGAUGCCAUCUACCAUCUUUGGUCCCAUCUUGCCAUUCAUUCUCCAGAUCACAUUCGCCGUCUUUUGGGCUUUCGUUUUUGUAUUUUUAGCAUCGAUUGGCGAGGCAAGUUAUACAGUUGUCGACGCUCCACUCGGGUCAGAUGUCACGAAUGGGACAGCUUGUGACAUAUCGGGAUUCAACAGUACGCUGAACUCACCGGCAAAAUGCCAGUUUGUCAGUUAUGACAUCCCAGAUUACAAACUGUACUUACAGUUGUACAUGGUGUUUGCCCUGUUAUGGAUGGUUAACUUUAUCAUAGCAUUGGGGGAGAUGAUUUUAGCUGGGGCAUUUGCCUCUUACUAUUGGGCUUUCUCCAAGCCGAAUGACAUCCCUGCUGUGGCCAUUGCCAGCUCCCUCUGGCGGGCCAUACGAUACCACCUUGGUUCCCUGGCAUUCGGCUCUCUCAUUGUCACCAUCGUCCAGUUCAUCCGUAUCAUUCUGGAGUACGUGGAAAAGAAGCUGAAAGGCUCUAGUUUGGAUAACUGCAUCUCCCGCUUCAUCUUAUGCUGCUGCCAUUGUCUUUUCUGGUGUCUUGAGAAGUUCAUCCGGUACAUCAACCGCAAUGCCUACAUCGAGAUCGCUAUAUACGGCCGCUCGUUCUGUGCGGCUGCCAAGGAUGCCUUCUUCCUCCUCAUGAGGAACAUCCUGCGCGCUGCCGUCUUGAAUAGCAUUACAAGUUUCUUGCUGUUCAUCUUCAAAUUGACCAUUACCUUGGGCGUCACUGUGGGUGCGUUUUACUACUUCACAUGGGACUCAAAUCCUCUCAUUCCUAUACCACCUCUGAAUUACAUCUGGGCACCCAUAGUGGUAAUCGGUGUUUUCUCUUACGUCAUUGCAGCUGUCUUCUUUGCCGUGUACGACAUGGGAGUGGACACGUUAUUCUUGUGCUUCCUUGAAGAUCUGGAGCGCCAUGAUGGAUCCGAGGAGAAGCCUUACUUCAUGUCGAAGAGUCUUAUGGCUGUACUUGGUAAGAAGAAUAAGAAACCCAAGAAGGCGAAGAAGAAAGAAAGAGAUCAUGAAAUGCAAGAAAACGCGCAGUAA